AUGGCAACUUCAUCAUCAGAUAAUCUCCUGGAUUCAGAUAGUGAUGCUGAUAGGCAUCAUAGAUGUUCACCUUAUUCUUCAAGUUGCUUAGAUUGUUGUCGAAACUGUCGAGGUCCGAAAGUGUAUCAUGCACGUGUAGUUAAUGUUGGUAGACCGUCAAAAACUCAAAAGUUUCCUUCAAACCGAAUCAAUAAUCAAAAGUAUAAUGUGAUUAGUUUUAUUCCUGUGGUUCUAUUUGAACAGUUCAGUGUUUUUUUGAAUCUCGUUUUUCUUGUGAUCGCAUGCAGUCAGUUUAUCCCUGAGCUUGGAGUUGGUCAUUUGUAUACAUACUGGGGACCACUUGGUUUUGUGAUUGCUGUAACAAUGAUUCGAGAAGCAGUAGAUGACAUUGGUCGAUGGAUACGAGAUCGAGAUGUUAAUAUGGCUAUGUAUGGUAAAUAUGUACGCAAUAAAGAGAUCUCUGUUAUGAGUUCCGAUAUUAAAGUCGGUGAUCUUAUUCAUUUAGAGAAAAAUCAACGAGUUCCAGCUGAUAUGAUCUUAAUGUGGACAUCAGAUCGCAAUGGUUCUUGUUUUAUUCGAACAGAUCAACUAGACGGCGAAACUGACUGGAAACUACGUUAUGCUAUACCAACUACUCAGGCCUAUAUAAAUCGUUCAGAUCACCCUAGUUCACUUUGGAAUAUGGAAGCUCAAGUGUAUGCUGAAGCUCCAAGACAGAAUAUACAUAAUUUUGAAGGCACGUUUGUUCGUACAGAUGUUAGCUCUCCGUCACCAACAGAUCCAGAGUCCUCAGAAGUUUCACUGAAUAUUGAUCAUACUCUUUGGUCUAACACUGUACUAGCUACAGGAAGUGCUAUCGGUCUAGUGAUAUAUACUGGGUCAGAGACACGUGCAGUGAUGAACUCAAGCAGAGUACGCACAAAACGUGGAAAAAUCGAUCAAGAAAUCAACAACAUCACCAAACUUUUGUUUUGCAUCCUGGUUCUGUUAGCUUUAGUUAUGGUUGCAUUGAAAGGUUUCAGUGGAUCUUGGUAUAAAUACUGGUGGCGGUUUAUAGUUUUAUUCUCUUACAUUAUUCCACUUGCGUUACGUGUGAACAUGGAUUUAGCCAAAAUUGUUUAUUCAUUUAUGAUUAUGCGUGAUAGAGCCUUACCGAAUUGUCUGGUUCGUAAUACUAACAUACCUGAAGAAUUGGGACGUAUAUGCUAUUUAAUGUCAGACAAAACUGGUACACUCACACAAAAUGAAAUGGUUUUUAAAAAGUUACAUUUAGGUAGUGUAGCAUUUGCUCCAGACUCAAUGGAAGAAGUUGUACAAGGUGUGCGUAAUCACUUUACUACAAGUAUUUCAUCAUCAUUGAGUAGUUCAGAUCCGUUAAGUCGUCAAGUUCGACGUACAACCAAUGAACGUAUGGCUGAUGCUGUAUUGGCUAUAGCUGUUUGUCAUAAUGUUACACCAAUGAAUGAAAAUUAUUCAAGUUCAGCCCAGUUGACGUAUCGGGUGGAGAUAAUAAAGAAUCUCUAG